AUGAAGGUGAUGCAACCAAAACAAAACCACAAACAACAAAAGGACAUUCAUUUGCUUCAAAACGAAUUCUUUUCCUUUUUUAAGUUCAUUUCACCUGCUUUUGCUGCUGUGACAGUGAGGUUUUUUUUUCAAAGUACUGCUCAAUUAAUUUGGAAACGUUUUAUUUUCUGGUGUGUUUACAUUUCUUAUUGCCGGUACUCUUCAAAGACAGGCUUCACAUUUGAAAACUUUUGCACACAUAGUGUCGACGUUAAGUGA